AUGGCUGCCAAAGCCAAGGAAAAGGAAGAACAGGAACUGGCACAAAAAGUGGAGGACAAAGAACAGAAGGAAGAGGAGAAAGAGGCAGAUCAAAAUGGAAGCAAAGAUGUAGAAAUGCCAGAGCAGAAGGAGGAAGCCAAGAACGGUGAGCAGGACAAAGAACAAAAAGAAGAAGCAAAACCGGGAGCAGAUCAAACUGCAAACAAAGACGCAGAAAUGCCAGAGCAGAAGGAGGAAGCCAAGAACGGUGAGCAGGGCGCAAAGCCUGAAGAGAGCAAAGAUGUUGAAAUGAAAGAGACAGAGGGCGUCGCGGCGAAGAUGGACACUGGCGAGGGAGAGCCCAAGGAAUCCGAGGAAUCCAAGAUGGAGACGGAUGCGAAGGAGAAGAAAGUUGAAGAGGAGGAGGAGGAGGAGAAUGUGGACUACUUGAAAGAGUUAGAGGCAGAGCUGGAGCAAGCUGAAAACGACGUUUUCGAGAUCGAAGACAUCACUGACAUUGGAACUGGCGAACCGCUCUUUUGCAAUUUUGGCUUCGAGGACUGGGCUCUGCUGAGUUUGCGUUUUGAGCUGCACCUUCUGGCGCAUGCCUUUUUGCACGACUGCGGCGAUCCGGAAAGGUCUGGGAUCUAUCCGGAUCAUAUCCUUUUCUACUACAACAAGUACUACAAGAAGGGCUUGCAGCCCAAGAACUAUGGAGUCGAGACAGUGGAGGAGUUAGCCGGUCUCGUCAAUGACACGGUGGUCAUUUGCCCGCCCAAAGUGCUAGAAUCGACUCUUGCUCCAGAGCAGGAGGGAAAUGAUAUUUUUGUCAAACUCACCGAAGAAGCUCGUCGCGAGCGCUUGCGACGACUUGAUGCAGGUGAUGAGAGUGCUCGGUUGAAAUUUGCCACCGGGUCCGCUGUCAAGGCAUCAAGCAAGGCGCCAAUCGUGAUACCCAGCAAAGCCGGGGGUCCAGUGAUCACUGGGAAAGCGGAGCCAGCAAUGCCUCAAGCCUUGCUACAGCAGCAACAGAGGCAGCAGGCAGCACGGCAGCAAAUGCAAAUGCCGGGUGCCAUGCCUGGUGCCAUGCCCGGCGCCAUGCAAGGUGGCAUGCCAGGUGGCAUGCCAGGCGGCAUGCCAGGCGGCAUGCCAGGCGGCAUGCCUGGUGCCAUGCCAGUUGGCAUGCAAAGACCCUGGAUGCAGCAACAGGGGAUCAGCCAUGAGCAGUUCAUGCAAGAUCAAAACGCAGUCUUAAUUUCAUUGGAUCCCGGGCUUUGGCUGGUGAGCGCCGGCGCCAAGAUGGCGCCGGAUGUCAUGGCGGCCCAAGUCCAGGCAGAAAUCUUCGAUUCACCCACGGCCGCCGCGGCUGUAGAGACAUCACACUUUAGCCGAUUUGGCGACGAAAAGAUGUUUGUGAUGCGACGGCAGCGGUACUUCCAAGUGAGGGACUUCAUUGCUGCAGCAGAAAGUGGACAUGUGUGCAGCUCAGUGGCUGAGUCCUUCAAAGAUUUUACAAGUGACUGGCUUUGGAAGGCUGGAAGAACCUUGGAGUUGGUUGAAGCAGUUAGAAAAGAGCGAUGGGCAGUCAAAGAAGCUGCACACUUCGGCAUGGCAGCGCUGAAGGCCAGCCUGGAGCGUGAGACUCCCGCAGGCCGAAAUCGCGUUUUGCGGCAGUGGCUCGCCAAGUUCAAGGAUCAGGUAAUACCUGCCUGGUCACAGCUUGGUUUUCCAUCGCCACCAAAGAACGUCGAAGACGUGGAUUGUGCCGUUCAAGGAUUGAAUCCGUCCUACAUCCCGUUCAACUCCGCUGGUUGGGGUCCGAAGCUGGCAGAUUUGGCGCAGUGA